UCCAGUUCCACGUUUCACCGCCUCCCCUAUAUUGCCUAGUGCAGGAUGGGCUAAUGGGAAAAGAAACAUUAUGGCUGCCAGUCUGUCUGUGACUCAGCUUUCAAGUGGAAAUCCUGUCUAUGAGAAAUACUAUCGGCAGGUGGACCUGUCCAACACUGGCCGAGUCGGGGCGUCUGAUGCAGCCUUGUUCCUGAAGAAGUCUGGCCUGGCAGACCUGGUCCUGGGGAAGAUAUGGGAUUUGGCAGACGCAGAACAGAAGGGGUUUUUGAACAAACGGGAGUUUUUCAUUGCUCUGCGGCUGGUUGCCUGUGCUCAGAAUGGACUUGAUGUGUCCCUCAGCAGCCUCCACCUGGCCGUCGUGCCACCCAAAUUUCACGACACAAGCAGCCCGCAGCUGGUUGCUGGAGCAGUGCCUAGCGAUGUUCCCUGGGCUGUCAGGCCGGAGGAGAAAGUGAAGUUUGAUGCCAUCUUCGAGAGCCUGUCCCCACUGAACGGCAUGCUGUCAGGGGAUAAAGUGAAACCAGUGCUGCUGAAUUCCAAACUGCCCGUGGAUGUUUUAGGACGGGUUUGGGAACUGAGCGACAUCGACAGAGAUGGAAUGCUGGACAGAGACGAAUUCGCAGUGGCCAUGUACCUGGUGUACCGUGCCCUGGAGAAGGAGCCUGUGCCAAUGUCCCUGCCUGCCCCGCUGGUGCCGCCCUCCAAAAGGAAGAAAUCUGCCCUGCCCAUCGUGGUGCCCCUGCUGCCCUCACCUCCCUCUGCCAAGGAGCUCCGCCAGUCCCUGCCAGCAGGGGGCAUGCUGCCCUCCAAAUCCCCGCCAGUGCCGAUAGCAGUGAAGUGGGUGGUGUCCCCAGCUGACAGAGUCAAGUAUGACGAGGUAUUCCUGAAAACAGACAAGGACCAGGAUGGGCUGGUCUCGGGGCCGGAGGUGCGAGACAUCUUCCUGAAGACCGGCCUGCCCGCCAGCACCCUCGCUGGCAUCUGGGAGCUCUGUGACACGAAGGACUGUGGGAAGCUCUCCAAGGAGCAGUUUGCUCUGGCUCUACACCUGAUCAACCAGAAGCUGACGAAAGGGGUGGAGCCACCCCAGACUCUGACUGGAGACAUGAUCCCGCCCUCGGAGAGACUGACACCCCACCAGAGCAGUACUCCCAGCAGCUUGGUGGCAGACUUCUCCGCGAUCAAGGAACUGGACUCCCUGAGCAAUGAGAUUAUGGAUCUGCAGAGAGAGAAGACGACUGUGGAACAAGACAUCAAGGAAAAUGAGGACAGCAUCAAACAGAGAACCUGCGAGGUCCAGGAGCUGCAGGAUGAGGUGGCGCGGGAGAGCGAGGAGCUCCAGAGGCUGCAGGCUCAGCGGCAGGAGAUCCAGGAGGUCCUGGGGGAGCUAGACCAGCAGAAGGCAUCCCUGGAGGAGCAGCUCGGCCUCAUCCGCCAGCAGAGCAGCCAGGAGAGCCAGCUGAUCUCGUCCCUGCAGGCAGAGCUGUCCAGCCAGCAGUCUCAGAUGUCGGGGUACGAGGAGGAGCUGGAGCGAGCCCGGGAGGAGCUCAGGAAGCUGCAGCUCGAGACGGCUCAGUUGGAGGAGAAGGUCGAGGCUGGCAAGGUCCAGCUGGAGCCACUGCAACAGGAGCUGCACAGCGCCCAGCAAGAGACUGCAGAGAUGCAGUGCAAGCUGUCUGAGCUGCAGGAGGCAGAGGAUGGCGUGAAGGGCCAGCUGACCUGGCGCAGUCACCUGCAACGCGGCAUGGUGAACGGCACGAGCGAGGCGGAGAGAGCCGAGACCCCCGAGCAGCAAGAGGACCCCGAAACAACCUCCAGCCCUCAGGAGGCCCAAGAGGAGCUCUACACAGACUGGGACACUACCAAGCAGGCAGACACUCCAGCGGAGAGAAGCAGCCCUGUAUCCUCCCCUGCAAACACAGUGAGUGAAAGAGAAGAAGUGACUGAAACAGCAAGUAUUCUCAAGAAGGAAUCCUUUGAUGUCCAGCCAAACCCACCGCCUCAGCAAGCCAGCCCCUCUGCAGAGAGCGGCCUGGAUUUCUUCCAGUCGGACCCCUUCACAGACGGUGACCCCUUCAAAGAUGAUCCAUUUGGGAAGGUGGAUGUUUCAGACCCCUUCGGUGGAGACCCUUUCAAAGGCACGGAUCCCUUUGCCUCAGACUCCUUCUUCAAGCAGCCAUCUGCAGACCCCUUCUCUGCGGGAGGGGACCCCUUCAGCAACACAACAGGAAGCGCAGCUCCUGCUGACUCCUUCGGUACUGCAGCCAGCAACACAAGGGAACCAGACCUCUUCAGCACUACAUCCGGCAACACAGGAGAACCAGACCUCUUCAACACAGGAGAACCAGACCUCUUCAACACAGGAGAACCAGACCUCUUCAAUACUGGGAAACCAGACCACUUCAACACAGGGGAACCAGACCUCUUCAAUACUGGGAAACCAGACCUCUUCAACACAGGGGAACCAGACCUCUUCAACACUGCAGCCGGCAACACUGGUGAACCAGACCUCUUCAGCACUGCAGCUGGCAGCGCCGGGCUCCCCACGACGGAUGUCUUGCAGUCCAAUGACCCGUUCGCGCCAGGCGGCAACGCUGUAUCUGCAGCUCCUGACACAGUAGCAGACCCCUUUGCCUCCUUCUUUGGGAAUGACUCAUUUGGGAGUGGAUUCGCUGACUUCAGCACACUGUCCAAGUCAAAUGGACCCGACCCUUUCAACACUAGCUCCGCCCCCGACGUCUUCAGUAAUAAGAAUGUAUUUGCGGAGGAGGUACCAAAGAGCCAGGACAUGCCCCCGGCCCUACCGCCCAAGACAGGAACGCCCACCAGACCCCCUCCUCCUCCCCCAGGUAAGAGAUCGUCCCUUUCCAGGUCUGAGUCUUCGGACUCGUACAAGCGGAGCGACCCGUUCCAGACGCAGGGUUUGGGGGACCCCUCUCAGCCCGAGUCCCAAGACGAGAAGCUCCGGGCCGCCUUCUCCACAUCGUCCCCCAGCAAGGCUCCUCCAGACCCGGCUAACUUCAGCAGCUUCAACAGUUACCCCACUGAGGAGGACUUGAUCGAAUGGGCGAAGCGCGAGAGUGAGCGGGAGGAGAAGGAGAGGCUUGCUCGGCUCACCCAGCAGGAAGAAGAAGACCUGGAGCUGGCCAUCGCCCUCAGCAAGUCUGAAAUCUCGGAGGCAUGAGGCAGCUGCCUUGCCUCUCUUUAAACACAUGUAUAUUCAAAAAGAAAAAAAAGACAGGAAGGCCUUGGCAGGAGACCGGUGCAAAAGAUUUUAAGAUGCUCUGAAUUUGUGGUGGAACAGAAAGCAGCCUCUGUUUGGUGUGCAACCUAUUGUAAAAGAUUUUUACUGGGGGUGAGGGGAGUCGGAUGUGGAAACAGUCCUCAUGGCCCGGGUUGGGAUUAGUUUGAGCACUGGGGUGGUCUCUUAUUUCCUGGGGAUAAUGUUGGCUGUAGGUAGGAUUCAUAUCCUUUCCCACUUUGAUGACUGUCAGGGGUCUUCAGAGUAGGAAUGCCUUAUUUAUUUUUGCAAGGGUUUGGGGAUUGCGGCAUUCCAGUUUUUAGCUGAUCGUGCCAGUUGCUGUGAAUGAUUAAGGCAGCCAGAGGAGGGCACUUCAGAUCUUUUGCACCUUGUUUUUUCUUUUGGCAAAACCAGAACAGGUGAACAAGCCAACCUUCCACAUUAUCUCCGUGGUAUCGAAGCUCAGAGCAUUGUCAAACUCCAUAAAACUAUAGUAGAUCUAAAUAAAGUACAGUUAUAUGAGGAAAGUUUGUCAGCCAUACUGACUGCAUCAUGUAUAUAUAAAGAUAUGUUUAAUGCCACGUAUGGGGUAACUUACACAUUUAAGCUAGAAAUCCCCUUCGGCCAGAUAACAGGACGGGGAUCUAGGGCUCCGGUCUAACUAGAGAUUAACACUUGUCACUUUAUAAUUUGAUAACCUGGUGCUCAGUACCCCCUGUUUUAUAGCCUCUGGAUGUGCUUGGAACAGCAGAGUUUAAGUGCAUAGAGACACGGUUGUAUCCUGCUAAAUCCUUAAGGAGAAGACAUAAAAAAAACCUUCAAGGUUGAGUGCAAUGUUAUUAAAUAGAGCCUUAGAACUGUGUCAUCCGUCUUUUGCACUUAAACUGGGUUUAGCUAUUGGUUGGCAUUUAUUACAGAGCAUGACUAGAACAAUGUAAUUAUGUUGUGGGGAUGAAAUUUUGCCUUUUAAUUAAUAUGCUGUUAGAAGUGGAAUUACACCACUAAUAUUAAAACAAAAAAUAUUAUAAUCCCACCACUGCCACCAUGUAGCUUUUAUUUAACAUCAGAUUCAUUGUGUAUUGAUGGAUCGGAAUCUCAAUUUGCAGUUUCUCCUUCCAAGGUGCUUACUCUGCUGCUUAUACACAAACUAGAUCACUGUAGGGGCCACAAUAUAUUUGGUGCAAAAGAGCAUUUGUUGCAUAAACGAGUCUCCCAUUUUCCAUUGGCCUAUUGCUGUGCUGAGCAUGCUGUAGGCACAGAAGUCUGUUUCAAAUAGCUGUGGAAGUUGACCUAUUUUUUUUUUUUUUAAUCAUUUGUGCACAGUAGGGUUUGUCAUCCAUAAGUUUGCACAGUCAGUAUUGCCCAGGAGAAAAGUAAAGGGACCUGGAGUGUGGCUAAUUCUGCACCCCAAUCCAUUGCAGCCUCUGAACAGGUGCCCCCACUAUAUAAACCACUACAAAAGAUGCUCAAUUUAAACAAAGCAGGUAGAAGUGUCCUUGUUUCAAGGCUUGCUGUCCACAGACCUCCAAUAGUGUAUGCUGCUGAUUUUUCCUCCCAUCUUUUGAAUAGAACUAAACCACUAGCCUGCAUUUCACUACAUAACCCCCCCAACAUUCACUAGGAUGGAGGAGUGCCACGCAAGAGUUUACUUACAAACCUGAGGCCUUGGCUGCCUUUAGAUUUAGUUUUAAUUCUAGGUACAGUAACUCCUCCAUCGAUCAUAGUAGAGCUCAUAUUGUUUCUGUUUGAGGUUCGGACCAAUAGCCUGCAAAGAUUACAGUUUCCGUGGGAAUUUAUUGCAGCAGCGUCAUUUUCUAAACAGGUUUUUUCUUUUUUUUUUUUGUAACCUGCAACAAGGUGGCCUGUUGUCAUGAAGGUUUGCUACCUGAAGAAAUUUCCAGUGAAACCAGCCUCUUUGUUGACUAGUUUUACAGAGCCUCAAUGUACAAAUACCCAUCAGAUUUUAAAAUAAUAAUACGAAGGUAAGGCAACCACCAUUCGAAUGACAGAGCCACUGUUCACUGACUCUUAAGGUAUUCUUGGCCAACAAUUCCCACUAAAAUAAGAAUGAGGUCAUUAAUGUUUGUGCACAGUGCUGUCCAUGCUGUCACACAGUUCUGGCUAUAGGAACACCCCCCUUGAAUUCUCAAUCCCUCCAAAUCUUUGCUGUGUCCAUCAAGACUUCUACUAAUUGUAUAUAUUAGAGCCAUGGCUGCUUCUCCGUGUAAAAGAACUCCAGCUCAUCUCAUUGUAUUAAAGACACUCCUGUUCCUAUUACUGAUGUGAAUUGUAUAGGUGCCUGUCGCAUAUAAAACCACUGAUGUAUGUUAACAGCCUACCUAUAUAUGCUUUUUAAAUUGGCUAAUUUUAUUUUUUAUAUUUUAACUUGUUCUGAUAUAUAUUUUUUUCAUAUUUUUUUGUUCAUGGAAAAUCCUUAAAUUGUCUAAAUCAUUUCCUAACUAUAACCUGUAAUUAAAAUAAUAAUAAAUAUAAAUUCUGUUCAAGUAA